GCCGAGUUCGCACCAGUUCGUCAAUGGCACUUGUGUCGUCAACAGAUGUGCCCUUCCACCGAUGGCGCUGAGGCCAGUCAUGCAUGGUUGGCCAAUCCCCGGAUCAGGCGGGAGCAAGAACAAAGCGGUUGCCAUCCCGAUCGCUCUGGUUCCCCGUUUUAACAUUCAUCAAGCUCGUGCUGCGUCUCUCAUAUCCAUCGCCCCAUGAACCCAAGACCGCUGCGUCGACGGCCUCCUUGCCAAGCCGAUUUUCCUGCUGUCAAAUUCGCAUAUCUCGCCAGCGCCGAUGGUGUCGACGAGAACUUGCUGGUGUUGUUCCACGGGCUGGGAGACAACCCGGCCAACUUCCUGAGCUUCGGUGCCAAGAUGCAACUGCCGCAAACAGCCUUGCUGGCCAUUCGGGGGCCAUCCCCAAUCCCAUACUUUGACGACGGCACUGGAUGGUUUCCGGCGUUUGAUCAACUUGGAGAAGAGAUCUCGUGGUCGUCGCCCCAAGCUUCCACCGGCGUCCAGAACACUCGCAAGUUGCUUGUCGAGUUCUUUCGAGCCUGUCUCAUCGAGAAAUCACCAGGCAGUGGGAUAGGAUGGCCCCCGGGUCAGAUCUUCUUGCUUGGAUUCGCGCAGGGAGGCACCAUUGCUCUGGAUCUGGCUCUCUGGGGCGAUCUCGAUGCACCUGGGCCUGGGCCUGCUCCAAUCCUAUGUGGUGGUGUGAUAUCGAUCGCCGGAGGGCUCUUUGACGCUGCAUCGUGCGUCCGAGCCAGUCUCCCCGUCGAACGCAGACAACUCUGGGCAUUAGUCACCAAAGACGACUCGAUCGACGCCUCCGUCGGCCUUGGAACACGGCAGCUGUCGAGGCUCAAGUCGCUUCUCGAGGACCAUGUUCAAGUCGAAGUGAUCAGCGGGAAACAGGGCAUCUCCAUGCCAAACAGCCAUGCCGAGAUGUCAAUGAUCUUCCAGUUUCUAGGAGCACAUCUGGCGUUGCGGAAUCUGAAGCUGGAGGCCAUGUCGGAUGUAGUCCAGAUCAACUAAGGCUCACCCAAGAACAAUAUAGAGUGAAUCCUGUUUGUUUCGAAACACAUCGCCCCACAUUAGACUGACGGAUCGCUGACAGAUCGAUGAGCGACUGCCGACCUGCAACUGCAACUGCAACUGCACCCGCC